UAGGAGGAAGUCACCUGGCAACAGGGUCUCUAAUCCUUCCCUGCUCAUCAGGGUUUUUUGGCAGGGGAGGGGAGAAGGCAUCGCAGGACAGGUGCAGGCAGCUACAGGUGGGACAGGCCUCUGUCAUGGGCACUUCCUGGGGUGAGGAGGGUUGAGCUGCACCCGGCAGGAUGUGUGGCCCAACAGCUUUGGAAGAUGAGUCACCCAGAGGAGGAAGUGGGGGGACAAAAGGGGACAUGCAGGGCCAAGGGCUCAGAGGAGAGCCUGCUGGGAGAUGGGUCACCUUGGGUGCACUCCCGCCAGGGGCCAGGCCCCGUCCAGGUGUGGAGAGCUGAGUGGCAGUGAUGUAAGCAGACUGGAGUUUCAGACUCCAGGAAGCAGAGGUGUGUGGGGGACGGGAACUGGUCACCAGGAAGCAGCUGGAGUGGGCAGGGGGGAACAGGCAGGUCUGUGUGGAGAGGUACAGCAUGGCCCCCAGGGUAGGGAGGACCCUGGUGCACAGAGAGGAGGGCCAGCCUGGCUGCUGGUGUGCUGUUUUGGGACAGGUUCUCAACUGGACCUGAGUUGGGGUGUAGGGCUAGAGCUGGGGGGACAGGAAGGAGAUAUGCUCACCCAUUAGAAAAGCCCGUCGAGGGGUGCACCAGACUCCAGGUGCCCAGAAAGGGGUAAAUCUGAUUUUCUGCACCACUGUGCCUUCUGGUAGUUCUACCUGCGCGUGGAGGUGGGGGGUGGAGAUAAGGCCGGGAGGUGUCCACCCUGGGUUAGACUGGGUUCUUCAGGGACACUGUUUGGGAAGCCGCGGAGGACUCGGACAGCACCCGCGGCUCAUCCCCACUAUGACCUUCCCCCAACCUGCUCUCAGGUCCGUCCCGCCGCCCCCGCCCCCCACCAUGGAUCACUCAUUCAGCGGGGCGCCCCGAUUCCUGACCCGGCCCAAGGCCUUUGUGGUGUCGGUGGGGAAGGACGCCACGCUGAGCUGCCAGAUCGUGGGCAACCCUACGCCGCAGGUGAGCUGGGAGAAGGACCAGCAGCCGGUGGAGGCGGGCUCUCGCUUCCGGCUGGCCCAGGACGGCGACCUGUACCGCCUCACCAUCCUGGACCUGGCCCUGGGCGACAGCGGGCAGUACGUGUGCCGCGCGCGCAAUGCCAUCGGCGAGGCCUUCGCGGCCGUGGGCCUGCAGGUGGACGCCGAGGCCACUUACGCCGAGCAGGCGCCCCACUUCCUGCUGCGGCCCACGUCCAUCCGCGUGCGCGAGGGCGCCGAGGCCACCUUCCGCUGCCGCGUGCGCGGCUCGCCGCCCAUGGCGGUGAGCUGGGCCAAGGACGGCCGGCGCCUGGGCGCGCCCGACGCCCCCCGGGUGCGCGUGGAGGCCAGCGGCGAGGCCAGCGCGCUGCGCAUCCAGUCCGCGCGGCCGCGCGACGGGGGCACAUACACGGUGCGCGCCGAGAACCCGCUGGGCGUCGCCAGUGCCGACGCCGCGCUCACGGUAGACGCGGACCCAGACGCCGCCCCGCCGGGAGCCUCCACUGCCGGGCUUCUGGCGCACCUGCAGCGGCGUCGGGAGGCGAUGCGCGCUGAGGGCAUCCCUGCCUCGCCACCUGGCUCUGGCACGCGCACCUGCACGGUGACUGAAGGCAAGCACGCGCGCCUCAGUUGCUACGUGACGGGCGAGCCUAAGCCAGAGACGGUGUGGAAGAAGGAUGGCCAGCUGGUGGUGGAGGGCCGGCGACACCUGGUGUACGAGGACGCUCAGGAGAACUUCGUGCUCAAGAUCCUCUUCUGCAAGCAGUCGGACCGGGGCCUCUACACCUGCACGGCGUCCAACCUGGUGGGCCAAACCUACAGCUCCGUGCUAGUCGUCGUACGAGAGCCCGCCGUGCCCUUCAAGAGGCGACUUCAGGACCUGGAGGUGCGGGAGAAGGAGUCGGCCACGUUCCAGUGCGAGGUGCAGCUGCCGUCCACGGAGGCCGCGUGGUACAAGGAGGACACGCGUCUGUGGGCCAGCGCCAAGUACGGCAUCGAGGAGGCGGGCACUGAGCGCAGGCUCACGGUGCGCAACGUCUCGGCCGACGACGACGCCGUCUACAUCUGCGAGACCACGGAGGGCAGCCGCACGGUGGCAGAGCUCGCGGUGCAAGGAAACCUCAUUCGGAAGCUCCCGAGGAAGACCGCGGUGCGCGUGGGUGACACGGCCAUGUUUUGUGUGGAGCUGGCCAGGCCCGAGGGCCCUGUCCACUGGCUGAGGAACCAGGAGGAGAUGGUGGCCGGGGGCCGUGUGGCCAUCACCACAGAAGGCAUGUGCCACACGCUGACCAUCUCCCAGUGCAGCCUGGAGGACGUGGGCGAGGUGACCUUCACUGCUGGUGACUGCCGGACGUCCACCCAGUUCUUCGUGUCUGCACCUAGGAGGCCGCCCCUGCAUGCCCCUGAGGCCCCUGUGGUAAAGGGAAGGACAGAGUGUUCCGUCACCCUUGCCUGGUCCCCACCACCCCAUGGGGACCGCCCUGUUCCCAUCGACGGUUAUCUGGUGGAAAAGAAGCGGCUUGGCGCCUACACCUGGAGCCGGUGCCAUGAGGCAGAGUUGGUGGCUGAACGUGAGCUGACUGUGGCCAGCAUGGCUGAGGAGGGGGACUUCCAGUUCCGGGUAUCAGCUGUGAACAGCUUUGGUCAGAGCCCCUACCUGGAGUUUCCAGGGACUGUCCACCUGGCCCCCCAGCUGGCUGUGAAGACUCCUCUGAAGGCGGUGGAGGCGGUGGAGGGUGGCGAGGUGACCUUCUCGGUGGACCUCACUCUGGCCUCUGCUGGAGAGUGGUUCCUGGAUGGCCAGGCCCUAAAGGCCAGCAGUGUGUAUGUGAUCCGUCACGAAGGCACGCAGCAUGCCCUCACCAUCCGCUCCGUGUCCGCCAGCCUGCAUGGCGCUGAGCUCAAGUUCGUGGCCAACGGAAUUGAGAACAGCAUCCGUAUGGAGGUCCGAGCCCCAGGGCUGGCCGCCAAGCGUCCAGUGGCAGCUGUGAGGGAAGUGCUGGCCCGGCUGCAUGAGGAGGCACAGCUCUUGGCAGAGCUCUCAGACCAGGCUGCGGCGGUGACAUGGCUGAAGGACGGCCACGUGCUGCCCCUGGGCCCCAAAUACGAGGUCCAGGCGAGUGCCGGACAGCGGGCACUGCUGGUGCGGGAUGUGGUGCGAGACGAUGCUGGCCUGUACGAGUGUGUCAGCCGUGGGGGCCGCAUUGCCUACCAGCUGUUGGUGCAAGGGCUCACUCCCUUUCUGCACAAGGACACAGCUGGUGGCUUGGUGGAUGCCGUGGCCGGGGGCCCAGCCCACUUUGAAUGUGAGACUUCUGAGGCCCAGGUUUGUGUGCGCUGGUACAAGGAUGGCACGGAGCUCAGCCGCUCCAGCCAGCGCUUCCUGCAGGAGGACGUGGGAACGUGGCACCGGCUGGUGGCAGCCUCGGUCACCAAGCAGGAUGAGGGCACCUACUCAUGCCGUGUGGGCGAGGACUCCGUGGACUUCCAGCUGCGUGUCAGUGAGCCCUCGGCCGUGUUUGCCAAGGGGCAGCUGGCACGCAGUGAGGUGCAGGCCAAGGUGGGGGCCAGCGCCAUGCUGAGCUGCGAGGUGGCCCAGGACAAGACGGAGGUGACAUGGUACAAGGGCGGGAAGAAGCUGAGUGCCAGCUCCAGAGUGCACAUGGAGGCCACGGGCUGCAGCAGAAGGCUGGUGGUGCAGCAGGCGGGGAAGGUGGACGCCGGGGAGUACAGCUGCGAGGCCAGGGGAGAGAAGGUCUCCUUCCGCCUGGACAUGACAGAACCUGUAUUGGUGUUUGCCAAGGGACAGACAACACACAGUGAGGUACAGACCAAGGCGGGGGCCAGUGCCACACUGAGCUGUGAGGUGGCCCAGGACAAGACGGAGGUGACGUGGUACAAGGACGGGAAGAAGCUGAGUGCAAGCUCCAGAGUGCGUGUGGAGGCCAAGGGCUGCAGCAGGAGGCUGGUGGUGCAGCAGACGGCAAAGGCGGAUGCGGGGGAGUACAGCUGUGAGGCUGCGGGGGAGAAGGUCUCCUUCCACCUGGAUGUCAUUGAGCGCUUGGCCAUGUUUGCUAAGGGGCAGCCAGCAUGCAGUGAGGUGCAGGCCAAGGCAGGGGCCAGUGCCACGCUGAGCUGCGAGGUGGCUCAGGACAAGACGGAGGUGACAUGGUACAAGGAUGGGAAGAAACUGAAUGCCAGCUCCAGAGUGCACAUGGAGGCCAAGGGCUGCAGCAGGAAGCUGGUGGUGCAGCAGGCGGGGAAGGUGGAUGCUGGGGAGUACAGCUGUGAGGCUGGGGGCCAGAAGGUGUCUUUCCACCUGGAUGUCACAGAGCCCUCAGCUGUGUUUGCCAAGGAGCAGCCAGCAUGCAGUGAGGUGCAGGCCAAGGCGGGGACCAGUGCCACACUGAGCUGCGAGGUGGCCCAAGACAAGACAGAGGUGACGUGGUACAAGGACGGGAAGAAGCUGAGUGCCAGUUCCAAAGUGUGCAUGGAGGCCAAGGGCUGCAGCAGGCAGCUGAUGGUGCAGCAGGCAGGGAAGGCAGAUGCCGGGGAGUACAGCUGUGAGGCCGGGGGCCAGAAGGUGUCCUUCCACCUGGAUGUCACAGAGCUUGCAGCUGUGUUUGCCAAGGAGCAGCCAGCAUGCAGUGAGGUUCAGGCCAAGGCAGGGGCCAGUGCCACAUUGAGCUGCGAGGUGGCCCAGGACAAGACGGAGGUGAUGUGGUACAAGGAUGGGAAGAAGCUGAGUGCAAGCUCCAGAGUGCGUGUGGAGGCCAAGGGUUGUAGCAGGAAGCUGGUGGUGCAGCAAGCGGGGAGAGCAGAUGCCAGGGAGUACAGCUGCGAGGCCAGGGGAGAGAAGGUGUCCUUCCACCUGGAUGUUACAGAGCCUACAGCUGUGUUUGCCAAGGAGCAGCCAGCACACAGUGAGGUGCAGGCCAAGGCAGGGGCCAGCGCCAUGCUAAGCUGCGAGGUGGCCCAGGCCCAGACAGAGGUGACGUGGUACAAGGACGGGAAGAAGCUGAGUGCGAGCUCCAGAAUGCACGUGGAGGCCAAGGGCUGCAGCAGGCGGCUGGUGGUGCAGCAGGCAGGGAAGGCCGAUGCCGGGGAGUACAGCUGUGAGGCCAGGGGCCAGAAGGUGUCCUUCCACCUGGACAUCACAGAGCCUUCAGCUGUAUUUGUCAAGGAGCAGCCAGCAUGCAGUGAGGUGCAGGCCAAGGCGGGGGCCAGCGCGACACUGAGCUGUGAGGUGGCCCAGGCCCAGACAGAGGUGACAUGGUACAAGGACGGGAAGAAGCUGAGUGCGAGCUCCAAAGUGCACGUGGAGGCCAAGGGCUGCAGCAGGCGGCUGGUGGUGCAGCAGGCAGGGAAGGCCGAUGCCGGGGAGUACAGCUGUGAGGCUGGGGGCCAGAAGGUGUCCUUCCAUCUGGACAUCACAGAACCUACAGUGGUGUUUGCCAAGGAGCAGCCUGCACGCAGUGAGGUGCAGGCCAAGGCAGGGGCCAGCGCCACACUGAGCUGUGAGAUGGCCCAGGACAAGACAGAGGUGACAUGGUACAAGGACGGGAAGAAGCUGAGUGCGAGCUCCAGAGUGCACGUGGAGGCCAAGGGCUGCAGCAGGCGGCUGGUGGUGCAGCAGGCGGGGAAGGCGGAUGCUGGGGAGUACAGCUGUGAGGCCGGGGGCCAGAAGGUGUCCUUCCGCCUGGAUGUCACAGAACCUACAGUGGUGUUUGCCAAGGAGCAGCCUGCACGCAGUGAGGUGCAGGCCAAGGCAGGGGCCAGCGCCACACUGAGCUGUGAGGUGGCCCAGGACAAGACAGAGGUGACAUGGUACAAGGACGGGAAGAAGCUGAGUGCGAGCUCCAAAGUGCACGUGGAGGCCAAGGGCUGUAGCAGGAGGCUGGUGGUGCAGCAGGCGGGGAAGGUGGAUGCUGGGGAGUACAGCUGUGAGGCCGGGGGCCAGAAGGUGUCCUUCCGCCUGGAUGUCACAGAGCCUGCAGCUGUGUUUGCCAAGGAGCAGCCGGCACGCAGUGAGGUGCAGGCCAAGGCAGGGGCCAGCGCCACGCUGAGCUGUGAGGUGGCCCAGGCCCAGACGGAGGUGACAUGGUACAAGGAUGGGAAGAAACUGAGUGCGAGCUCCAGAGUGCGCGUGGAGACCAAGGGCUGCAGCAGGCGGCUGGUGGUGCAGCAGGCGGGGAAGGCGGAUGCCGGGGAGUACAGCUGUGAGGCCGGGAGCCAGAAGGUGUCCUUCCUCCUGGAUGUCACAGAGCCCUCGGUCAUGUUUGCCAAGGAGCAGCCAGCACUCAGUGAGGUGCAGGCCAAGGCGGGGGCCAGUGCCACACUGAGCUGCGAGGUGGCCCAGGCCCAGACGGAGGUGACAUGGUACAAGGACGGGAAGAAGCUGAGUGCCAGCUCCAGAAUGCGUGUGGAGGCCAAGGGCUGCAGCAGGAAGCUGGUGAUGCAGCAGGCAGGGAAGGCGGAUGCCGGGGAGUACAGCUGUGAGGCCGGGGGAGAGAAGGUGUCCUUCCACCUGGACGUCACAGAGCCCUUGGCCAUGUUUGUCAAGGAGCAGCUGGCAUGCAGUGAGGUGCAGGCUGAGGCAGGGGCCAGCGUCACGCUGAGCUGCGAGGUGGCUCAGGACAAGACAGAGGUGAUGUGGUACAAGGAUGGGAAGAAGCUGAAUGCAAGCUCCAAAGUGUGCAUGGAGGCCACAGGCUGCAGCAGGAGGCUGGUGGUGCAGCAGGCAGGGAAGGCAGACACCGGGGAGUACAGCUGUGAGGCUGGGGGAGAGAAGGUGUCCUUCCGCCUAAACGUUACAGAGCUGGAGCCUGAGACCCCCACGGUGGAGAGACCUGGCCGCAGAGAGCCUCUGGUGGUCAGGGAGCACGAGGACAUUGUCCUGACCGCCAUGCUGGCUACGCCCUCCGUGGCCGCAGUGACGUGGCUCAAGGACGGCGUGGAGAUCCGCCGCAGCAAGCGGCACGAAACGGCCAGCCUGGGGGACACCCACACCCUGACGAUCCGCGGCGCGCAAACCCUGGACACCGCAGUGUACAGCUGCCGCGUGGGCGCAGAUGGGCAGGACUUCCCAGUGCAGGUGGAAGAGGUGGCCGCUAAGUUCUGCCGGCCCCUGGAGCCUGUGAGCGGGGAGCUAGGUGGCACGGUGACGCUGGCCUGCGAGCUGAGCCCACCGCAGGCCGAGGUGGUGUGGCGCUGCGGGAGCACGCAGCUCCGGGCUGGCAAGCGCUUCCAGAUGGAAGCCGCAGGGCCCCGGCGCUCGCUCACCGUGUCCGGCCUGCGGCUGGAGGAUGCGGGGCAGUAUGCGUGUGAGACCCGGGAUGACUGCACCAGCGCGCAGCUCUCCGUCAGUGCCCCCCGCAUGGUCAAGUUCAUGUCUGGGUUGAGCGCCGUGGUGGCGGAAGAGGGCCAGGAGGCCACCUUCCAGUGCGUGGUGUCCCCCAGCGAUGCAGCAGUCAGGUGGUUCCGGGACGGCGCGUUGCUGCAGCCCAGUGAGAAGUUCCUCAUCUCACAGAGUGGCGCGAGCCACAGCCUGACCAUCUUGGGUCUGACCCUGGACGACCCAGGCCAGAUCACCGCAGAGGCCGAGGGGGUCUCCUCCGCUGCUGCCCUCCGGGUGCGAGAGGCUCCAGUGCUGUUCAGAAAGAAGCUGGAGCCACAGACGGUGGAGGAGCGGAGCUCAGUGGCCAUGGAGGUAGAGCUGACACGGCCAUGGCCUGAGGUCAAGUGGACACGGAACGCAGUGGCCCUGGCGCCAGGCAAGAACGUGGAGAUUCACGCCGAGAACACCAGGCACCGCUUGGUUCUUCACUGCGUGGGUUUUGCCGACCGCGGCUUUUAUGGCUGUGAGACUCCAGACGACAAGACGCAGGCCAAGCUCACCGUGGAAAUGCGCCAGGUCCGGCUUGUGCGGGGCCUGCAGGCGGUGGAGGUGUGGGAGCAGGGCACAGCCACCAUGGAUGUGGAGCUGUCACACGACAACGUGGAGGGCAGCUGGACGCGAGACAGUGUGCGGCUGCAGCCAGGGUCCACGUGCCAGCUGGCCGUGCAAGGCCCCAUCCACACCCUCAUCCUGUCGGGGCUGCGGCCGCAGGAUAGUGGCCUCAUCGCCUUCAAAGCCGAGGGGGUGCACACGUCUGCACGGCUAACGGUCACUGAGCUGCCUGUGAGGUUCAGCCGCCCUCUGCAGGAUGUGGUGGCCACAGAGAAGGACAGGGUGACCUUGGAGUGUGAGCUGUCUCGCCCCAACGUGGACGUGCGCUGGCUGAAGGAUGGCGUGGAGCUUAGGGUGGGCAAGACAGUGGGCAUGGUGGCCCAGGGCGCCUGUCGGAGUCUCAUCAUUUUCCGCUGUGAGCUUGGUGACCAGGGCGUGUACGUGUGCGACGCUCGUGAUGCUCAGAGCUCAGCCUCCCUGAAGGUGCAAGGUCGUAACAUCCAGAUCGUGAGGCCCCUGGAGGAUGUGGAGGUGAUGGAAAAGGAGGGCGCCACCUUCUCUUGCAAGAUCUCUCACGAUGAGGUGCCAGCCCAGUGGUUCUGGGAGGGCAGUAAGCUUCGGCCCAGUGACAAUGUGCGCAUCCGCCAGGAAGGGAGGACAUACACCCUCAUCUACCGGAGGGUCCUGGCAGAAGAUGCAGGAGAGAUCAGAUUUGUAGCCGAAAAUGCAGAAUCUCGAGCUGAGCUCCGAGUCAAAGAGCUGCCGGUGACCAUCCUGCGCCCACUUCGGGACAAGAUAGCCAUGGAGAGGCACCGCGGUGUGCUGGAGUGCCAGAUGUCCAGGGCCAGCGCCCAGGUGCAGUGGUUCAAGGGCAGCGUGGAGCUGCAGUCAGGACCCAAGUACGAGAUGGUCAGCGAUGGCCUCUACCGCAAGCUGAUCAUCAACGACGUGCAGCCGGAGGAUGAGGACACCUACACGUGCGACGCUGGCAACGUGAAGACCAGUGCCCAGUUCUUUGUGGAAGAGCAAUCCAUCACCAUCGUGCGGGGCCUGCAGGACGUGACUGUGAUGGAGCCCGCACCUGCCUGGUUCGAAUGCGAGACCUCCAUCCCCUCGGUGCGGCCGCCCAAGUGGCUCCUGGGAAAGACAGUGCUCCAGGCCGGGCCCACCGUGGGCAUGGAGCAGGAGGGCACGGUGCACCGGCUGACGCUGCGACGAACCUGCUCCACCAUGACUGGGCCGGUGCACUUCACCAUCGGCAAGUCGCGCUCCACCGCACGCCUGGUGGUCUCUGACAUCCCCAUGGUGCUCACACGGCCCCUGGAGCCCAAGGCGGGGCGCGAGCUGCAGUCGGUGGUCCUGUCCUGCGACUUCAAGCCGGCCCCCAAGGCCGUGCAGUGGUACAAGGAGGACACGCCGCUGGCGCCCUCCGACAAGUUCAAGAUGAGGCUGGAGGGCCACAUGGCAGAGCUGCGCGUCCUCCGGCUCACGCCCGCGGACGCCGGCGUCUACCGGUGCCAGGCCGGCAGUGCCCAGAGCAGCGCUGAGGUCACGGUGGAAGCGCGCGAGGUUAUAGUGAUGCAGCCGAUGCAGGACGCAGAAGCCACGGAGGAGGGCCGCGCCUGCUUCUCGUGUGAGCUGUCUCAUGAGGACGAGGAGGUCGAGUGGUCGCUCAACGGCACACCUCUGUACAACGACAGCUUCCACGAGAUCUCCCACGAAGGCUGUCGCCACACGCUGGUGCUGAAGCGGGUUCGGCGGGCCGACGCCGGCCUUGUGCGCGCCUGCUCCCCCAAGGUGUCGGUCACUGCCCGCCUGGAGGUCAAAGCAAAGCCGGUGGUGUUCCUGAAAGCGCUGGACGAUGUGUCCGCGGAGGAGCGGGGCACGCUCGCCCUGCAGUGCGAGAUCUCAGACCCCCAGGCCCGCGUGGUGUGGCGCAAGGACGGGGUGGAGCUGGUCCCUAGUGACAAGUACGACUUCCUGCACACGGCGGGCACGCGCGGGCUCGUGGUGCACGACCUGAGCUGGGAAGACACCGGCCUCUACACUUGCAGUGUGGGCUCCGAAGAGACCAGCUCCAGAGUCAGCGUGCAAGACCUGCACGUGGGCAUCACCAAGAGGCUGAAGUCGGUGGAGGUGCCGGAGGGCCAGAGCUGCACCUUCGAGUGUGUCCUGUCCCAUGAGAACCCCAGCGAUGUGGCCAUAUGGACAGUUGGCGGGAAGACAGUGGGUGGCUCUGGCCGCUUCCGGGCCACACGCCAGGGCCGCAAAUACACCCUGGUUGUUCAAGAUGUGGCUCCUGGAGAUGCUGGGGAGGUGGUGUUCUCCGUGCGGGACCUCACCUCCAAGGCCUCCCUCAUCAUCAGAGAGAGGCCGGCAGGUAUCACGAAGCCUCUAGAAGACCAGCAGGCUGCUCCGGGUGAGGAUGUGGUGAUGAGCUGUGAGCUGUCUCGGGCCGGGACCCCGGUGCGCUGGCUAAAGGACGGGAAGGCCAUUCGCAAGAGUCAGAAGUAUGACCUGGUCACGGAAGGCACUUGGGCCACUCUGGUGGUCCGUGCGGUGUCGCUCAAGGAUUCAGGAGAAUACACGUGUGAGACAGAAGCUUCCAAGAGCACAGCGAGUCUCCGUGUGGAAGAAAAGGCCAACUGGUUCACAGACGAGCUGACCGACCUGCAUGUGGAAGAGAAGGGCACAGCCGUGUUCACGUGCAAGACAGAGCGUCCCGCAGCUGUGGUGAUCUGGCGCAAGGGCCUCACGGAGCUGCAUGCCUCUGGGAAGCACGCACCCAGCCAGGAGGGCCUGACCCUGAGGCUCACCAUCAGCGCCUUGGAGAAGGCGGACAGCGACACCUACACCUGUGACAUCGGCCAGGCCUGUUCCCAGGCCCGGCUCCUGGUGCAAGGCCGGAAAGUGCUCAUCACAGAGGAUCUGGAGGACAUGGAGGUGCGUGAGGGCUCUUCGGCCACCUUCUCUUGUCGCAUCUCCCCUGCCGACUACGAGCCUGUCCACUGGUUCCUGGACAAGACGCCCCUGCACCCGAAUGAGCUCAAUGAGAUUGAGGUUCAGCCAGGUGGCUACCACGUGCUGACCCUGCGGCAGCUGGCGCUCAAGGACUCAGGCACCAUCCACUUUGAGGCAGGGGACCAGCGGACCUCAGCUGCCCUUCGGGUCACAGAAAAGCCAAGUGUCUUCUCCCGGGAGCUCACGGAUGCCACGGUCACAGAGGGGGAGGAUCUGACCUUGGUCUGUGAGACUACCGCCCCGGACAGCCCCGUGUGCUGGACCAAGGAUGGAAAGACCCUGCGGCCAUCAGCCCGGUGCCAGCUGAGCCAGGAGGGCCACCGGGCCCAGCUGGUCAUCAAGGGUACCACUGUGCAGGAUGGUGGGCGCUACAAGUGUGAGGCCGGGGGCUCCUGGAGCAGCUCCAUUGUCAGGGUCCACGCACGGCCGGUGUGGUUCCGUGAGGGGCUGAAGGACCUGGAGGUGCCGGAGGGUGGAGCUGCCACACUGCGCUGUGUGCUGUCAUCCAUGGCCGCGCCUGUAGAGUGGCGCCGUGGAGAUGAGGUUCUGCGGCCCGGAGGCAAGUACAGCCUGCGUCAGGAGGGUGCAGUGCUGGAGCUGGUGGUCCGGGACCUGCGGCCCCAGGACACCGGGCAGUACUCCUGCCACUUCGGGGACCAGAUGACCUUGGCCAUGCUCACAGUGAAGGCCCUGCCUGCAGAGUUCAUAGGGAGACUGAGAAGCAAGGAGGCCUCAGAAGGGGCCACAGCCACGCUGCGCUGUGAGCUGAGCAAGGAGGCUCCCGUGGAGUGGAGGAAGGGGUCUGAGACCCUCAGAGCCGGGGACAGAAUCAGCCUGAGGCAGGACGGGACCAUGUGUGAGCUGGAGAUCCGUGGCCUGGCCGUGGCAGAUUCUGGGGAGUACUCGUGUGUGUGUGGGCAGGAGAGGACUUCAGCCAUGAUGACCGUCAGGGCCCUGCCUGCUGAGUUCAUAGGGAGACUGAGAAGCAAGGAUGCCACAGAAGGGGCCACAGCCACUCUGCACUGUGAGCUGAGCAAGGAGGCCCCUGUGGAGUGGAGGAAAGGGUCUGAGACCCUCAGAGCUGGGGGCAGAGUCAGCCUGAGGCAGGAUGGGACCAUGUGUGAGCUGGAGAUCUGUGACCUGGCUGUGGUGGACGCUGGGGAAUACUCAUGUGUGUGCGGGCAGGAGAGGACGUCGGCCACACUGACUGUCAGGGCCCUGCCCGCCAAGUUCACAAAGAGCCUGAGGAAGGAAGAGGCCACAGAAGGGGCCACAGCAAAGCUGCACUGUGAGUUAAGCAAGGUGGCCCCCGUGGAGUGGAAAAAGGGGUCUGAGACCCUCAGAGCUGGGGACAGAGUCAGCCUGAGGCAGGACAGAACUGUGUGUGAGCUGGAGAUCCACGGCCUGGCUGUGGCAGAUGCCGGGGAGUACUCGUGUGUGUGCGGGCAGGAGAAGACUUCGACCACGCUGACUGUCAGAGCCCUGCCUGCCAAGUUCACAAAGAGCCUGAGGAAGGAAGAGGCCACAGAAGGGGCCACGGCCACUCUGCACUGUGAGCUGAGCAAGGAGGCCCCUGUGGAGUGGAGGAAGGGGCCCAAGACCCUCAGAGCUGGGGACAGAGUCAGCUUGAGGCAGGACGGGACCAUGUGUGAGCUGGAGAUCCGUGGCCUGACCAUGGAGGAUGCUGGGGAGUACUCGUGUGUGUGUGAGCAGGAGAGGACAUCGGCCACACUGACCGUCAGAGCACUGCCUGCUCAGUUCAUCCAAAAUCUGAAGACCCAGGAAGCCAUGGAAGGGGACACAGCCACACUGAACUGUGAGCUGAGCAAGGCAGCCCCUGUGCAGUGGAGGAAGGGGUCCAAGACCCUCAAAGCUGGAGACAGAGUGAGCCUGAGGCAGGAUGGGACCAUGUGUGAGCUGAAGAUCUGUGGCCUGGCCGUGGCAGAUGCUAGAGAGUACUCAUACAUGUGUGGGCAGGAGAGGAGGUCGGCUAUGCUGACCAUCAGGGCUGUGCCCGCCAAGUUCACAAAGAGCCUGAGAAAGGAAGAGGUCAUGGAAGGGGCCACGGCAAAGCUACACUGUGAGUUAAGCAAGGCAUCCCCUGUGGAGUGGAAGAAGGGGUCCGUGACCCUCAGAGCUGGGGACAGAGUCAGCCUGAGGCAGGAUGGAAACAUGUGUGAGCUGGAGAUCCGUGGUGUGGCCAUGGAGGAUGCCGGGGAGUACUCGUGUGUGUGCGGGCAGGAGAGGACAUCGGCCAUGCUGACUGUCAGGGCCCUGCCCACCAAGUUCACAAAGACCCUGAGGAAGGAAGAGGCCACCGAAGGGGCUACAGCCAUUAUGCACUGUGAGCUGAGCAAGGCGGUCCCCGUGGAGUGGAGGAAGGGGCCCAAGACCCUCAGAGCGGGGGACAGAGUGAGCCUGAGACAGGAUGGGAUGGUGUGUGAGCUGGAGAUCCGUGAGCUGGCCUUAGUGGACACCGGGGAGUACUCGUGUGUGUGCGGACAGGAAAGAACAUCAGCCACGCUGACUGUCAGGGGCCUGCCUGCCAAGUUCACAAAGAGCCUGAAGAAGGAAGAGGCCAUGGAAGGGGCCACAGCAAAGCUGUGCUGUGAGUUAAGCAAGGUGGCCCCCGUGGAGUGGAGGAAGGGGUCUGAGACCCUCAGAGCUGGGGACAGAGUCAGCCUGAGGCAGGAAGGAAACGUGUGUGAGCUGGAGAUCCGUGGCCUGGCUAUGGUGGAUGCCGGGGAGUACUCGUGUGUGUGCGGGCAGGAGAGGACAUCAGCUAUGCUGACUGUCAGGGCCCUGCCCGCCAAGUUCACAAAGAGCCUGAGGAAGGAAGAGGCCACGGAAGGGGCCACGGCCACGCUGCGCUGUGAGCUGAGCAAGGCGGUCCCCGUGGAGUGGAAGAAGGGGUCUGAGACCCUCAGAGCCGGGGACAGAGUGAGCCUGAGACAGGAUGGGACGGUGUGUGAGCUGGAGAUCCGUGACCUGGCCGUGGCAGAUGCCGGGGAGUACUCGUGUGUGUGCGGGCAGGAGAGAACGUCAGCCACGGUGACCGUCAGGGCUGUGCCCGCCAAGUUCACAAAGAGCCUGAGAAAGGAAGAGGCCAUGGAAGGGGCCACGGCAAAGCUACACUGUGAGUUAAGCAAGGCAUCCCCUGUGGAGUGGAAGAAGGGGUCCGCGACCCUCAGAGUUGGAGACAGAGUCAGCCUGAGGCAGGACGGAAACAUGUGUGAGCUGGAGAUCCGUGGUGUGGCCAUGGAGGAUGCCGGGGAGUACUCGUGUGUGUGCGGGCAGGAGAGGACAUCGGCCAUGCUGACUGUCAGGGCCCUGCCCGCCAAGUUCACAAAGAGCCUGAGGAAGGAAGAGGCCACGGAAGGGGCCACGGCCACGCUGCGCUGUGAGCUGAGCAAGGCGGUCCCCGUGGAGUGGAAGAAGGGGUCUGAGACCCUCAGAGCCGGGGACAGAGUGAGCCUGAGACAGGAUGGGACGGUGUGUGAGCUGGAGAUCCGUGACCUGGCCGUGGCAGAUGCCGGGGAGUACUCGUGUGUGUGCGGGCAGGAGAGAACGUCAGCCACGGUGACCGUCAGGGCUGUGCCCGCCAAGUUCACAAAGAGCCUGAGAAAGGAAGAGGCCAUGGAAGGGGCCACGGCAAAGCUACACUGUGAGUUAAGCAAGGCAUCCCCUGUGGAGUGGAAGAAGGGGUCCGCGACCCUCAGAGUUGGAGACAGAGUCAGCCUGAGGCAGGACGGAAACAUGUGUGAGCUGGAGAUCCGUGGUGUGGCCAUGGAGGAUGCCGGGGAGUACUCGUGUGUGUGCGGGCAGGAGAGGACAUCGGCCAUGCUGACUGUCAGGGCCCUGCCCGCCAAGUUCACAAAGAGCCUGAGGAAGGAAGAGGCCACGGAAGGGGCCACGGCCACGCUGCGCUGUGAGCUGAGCAAGGCGGUCCCCGUGGAGUGGAAGAAGGGGUCUGAGACCCUCAGAGCCGGGGACAGAGUGAGCCUGAGACAGGAUGGGACGGUGUGUGAGCUGGAGAUCCGUGACCUGGCCGUGGCAGAUGCCGGGGAGUACUCGUGUGUGUGCGGGCAGGAGAGAACGUCAGCCACGGUGACCGUCAGGGCCCCACAAGUGGUAUUCAGAGAGCCACUCAGGAGCGUGCAGGCUGAGGAGGGUGCCUCGGCCACACUGCGGUGUGAGCUUUCCCAGCCCAAUGCUGCUGUGGUCUGGAGCAAGGGUGGCCUGGAGCUGCAGGCUGAUGGGCGCUGGGAGCCUCGGCAGCGGGGCUACACUGCGGAGCUCGUGCUGUGGGACCUGCGCAGAGAGGACGCGGGCGAGUACACUUGUGCCUGUGGACCGCAGGCCACCAGUGCUACCCUCACCAUUACAGCUGCACCGGUGCGCUUUCUCCGGGAGCUGCAGGCCCAGGAGGUGGAUGAAGGUGCCACUGCCCACCUGCGCUGUGAGCUGAGCCAAGAGGGUGCUAGUGUGGAGUGGCGCAAGGACUCCCUGCAGCUCUUCCCUUGUGCCAAGUACCAGAUGGUGCAGGAGGGAAGGGCUGCCGAGCUGUGGGUGCACCACACUGAGCAGGAGGAUGCUGGCCACUAUACCUGUGACACGGGCCAUGCGCAGAGCACGGCCAGCCUCUCUGUCCGAGCCCCUAGGCCCACAUUCCAGAUAGAGCUGCAGAGCAUGGAACAGGAGGCCGGCAGUGUGGCCCAGCUACGCUGCCAGCUGAGUGAGGCAGAGCCUAGAGUCCCAGUGCAGUGGCUCAAGGAGGGUGUGGAGCUGCAUGUGAGUCCCAAGUAUGAGAUACGGCGUGUGGGGACCAUGUGCGAGCUGCUGAUCCAUGGGCUGGAGGCCAAGGACACGGGCGAGUACGUCUGCAUGGCCGGUGGUCAGAAAACCAUGGCUUCUGUCAUGGUCAAAGAGCCUGAGGUGACCAUUGUGCGGGGGCUGGAGGAUGCCGAGGUGCAGGUCGACGGGGAGGUGGAGUUCAGUUGUGAGGUGUCACGGGCUGGGGCCAUGGCUGUGGAGUGGCACCUCCAGGGCCUGCCACUACAGAACAACGAGGUGACAGAGCUGGCCGUGCGGGGUGGCCGCACCCACACGCUGCGGCUGAAGGGCGUGACCCCUGAGGAUGCGGGUACUGUCUCCUUCCACGUGGGCGCCCACACAUCCUCUGCCCAGCUCACUGUCCGAGUCCCUGAUGUGAGCAUCCUGGAGCCCCUGCAAGAUGUACAGCUCAGUGAGGGCCAGGACGCCCACUUCCGGUGCCAGCUAUCCAGGGCCUGCGGCCAGGAGGCCCGCUGGGCCCUGGGAGGGGUGCCUCUGCAGGCCAAUGAGAUGAAUGACAUCACCGUGGAGCAUGGCACACUGCAUCUGCUCACCCUGCACAAGGUGACCCUGGAAGAUGCAGGAAUCAUCAGCUUCCAAGUGGGCUCAUGUAGCUCAGAAGCCCAGCUGAAGGUCACAGCCAAGAACACAGUGGUGCGUGGCCUGGAGAACGUGGACGCACUCGAAGGCGGCGAGGCGCUGUUCGAGUGCCAGCUGUCCCGCCCCGAGGUGGCCGCCCACACCUGGUUGCUGGACGAUGAGCCUGUGCGAACCUCCGAGAACGCGGAGGUGGUCUACUUCGAGAACGGCCUGCGGCACCUGCUGCUGCUCAAAAACCUGCGGCCGCAGGACAGCUGCCGGGUGACCUUCCUGGCAGGGGACGUGGUGACGUCCGCGUUCCUCACAGUCAGAGGCUGGCGCCUGGAGGUACUGGAGUCCCCGCAGGACGCGGCCGUGCGAGCCGGUGGGCAGGUCCGCUUCAGCUGCACGCUCAGUGAGGCGGUGCCGGUGGGCGAGGCGACGUGGUACAUCAACGGGGCCGCCGUGCAGCCGGACGACCGCAACUGGACGGUCACCGCCGACGGCAGCCACCACACCCUGCAGCUGCGCAGUGCCCAGCCACAGCACGCUGGCGAGGUCACCUUCGCCGCCCGCGACGCUGUGGCCUCCGCGCGGCUCACCGUGCUAGGCCUCCCAGACCCUCCAGAGGACGCAGAGGUGGUGGCGCGCAGCGGCCGUUCGGUAACGCUGUCCUGGGUGGCGCCUGCAAGCGACGGUGGCGGCGGUCUCUGCGGCUAUAGGGUGGAGAUGAAGGCGGCGGCCACAGGCGAGUGGCAGCUGUGCCAUGAGCUGGUGCCUGGGCCUGAGUGCGUGGUGGACGGCCUGGCCCCCGGGGAGACCUACCGCUUCCGCGUGGCAGCAGUGGGCCCAGCAGGGGCUGGGGAGCCCGUGCACCUGCCGCAGACAGUGAAGCUCGAGGCCCUGGAGCCAGUGCCUGCGGCCAGCGCCCCCGUGCCUGCGGUCCCCACCCCCGUGUCUUCAGUCCCCGUGCCUGUGGCCCCGGUUCCUGCGCACCCAGCUCCCACACCUCCCGCUCCCGAGAGCCGGCAGGUGGCUGCCGGCGAGGACGUGUGUCUGGAGUGUGAGGUGGCCGAGGCGGGCGAGGUGGUGUGGCUGAAGGGGGCGGAGGUCAUCCAACCCAGUGGGCGCUUCCAGGUUCUCUGCCAGGGUCAGCGGCGGACGCUGGUGAUCCGGGGCUUCUCAGCGGAGGACCAGGGGGAGUACCGCUGUGGCCUCACCCGAGACCCGGCCUCCUCUGCAGCUGCCUCCUUCCAGGUGGUGCUGACCACGGGAUCUGAGGACGAGGCCCCUGCACAGCCCAGCCUGCCCCCCGAGGCAGCCCAGGAGGGUGACCUGCACCUGCUGUGGGAGGCCCUGGCCCGGAAGCGUCGCAUGAGCCGUGAACCCACGCUGGACUCCAUCAGUGAGCUGCCCGAGGAGGAUGGUCGUUCACCACGCCCGCAGCAGGAGGUAGAAGAAGCGGCCCCAGACCUCUCUGAGGACUACUCCACAGCAGACGAGCUGGCACGCACUGGCGAGGCCGACCUCUCGCAUACCAGCUCUGACGACGAGUCCCGGGCAGGCACUCCCUCCCUGGUUACCUACCUCAAGAAGGCUGGGAAGCCCAGCACCUCACCACUGGCCGGCAAGCUUGGGAUCCCUGCAGUUGGGAAGCCACCGAAGCAUCAGGAACAGCCACCUGCAGUUCACCCACCCCCGGGAAGCCUGAGGGCUGAAGACCUGGGUGACCCGUCCAUGGACAAGGCAGCGGUGAAGAUCCAGGCUGCCUUCAAAGGCUACAAGGUCCGCAAAGAGAUGAAGCAGCAGGAAGGACCCGUGUUCUCCCGCACGUUUGGGGACACUGAGGCACAGGUGGGAGAUGUCCUGCGUCUGGAGUGUGUGGUGUCCAGCAAGGCGGAUGUGCGUGCUCGCUGGCUGAAGGACGGCGUGGAGCUGACUGACGGCCGGCACCACCACAUCGACCAGCUUGGGGACGGCACUUGCUGUCUGCUGGUGACGGGCCUGGGCCGUGCAGACGCUGGCCGCUACACCUGCCAGGUGAGCAGCAAGUUCGGCCACGUGGCCCACAGCGCCUGUGUGGUAGUCAGCGGGACGGAGAGCGAGGCGGAGAGCUCCUCGGGGGGCGAGCUGGAUGACGCCUUCCGCCGAGCAGCCCGGCGGCUGCACCGCCUGUUCCGCACCAAGGGCCCGGCCGAAGUAUCGGACGAAGAGCUCUUCCUGAGCGCAGACGAGGGCCCGGCGGAGCCGGAGGAGCCGGGGGACUGGCGGACGUACCGCGAAGAAGAGCACUUUGUCUACAUUCGCUUCGAGGCGCUUGCCGAGGCCCACCGUGCGGCCACCUGCUUCCGAGAGAUGUUUGGCACCAUGGGCAUCGGCGUGGACAUCAGCCUGUCAGAGCAGGGGCCCCGGGGGGUGGAGAUGCGCAUCAGCAAGGUGGCGCCUACCCCCGCAGCAGCUCAGGAGGUGGUGCCCCGGCCGCUGACCACAGACGCCGCCCCAGUGUUCCUGACUGAGCUGCAGAAUCAGGAGGUGCAGGACGGGUACCCUGUGAGCUUCGACUGUGUGGUGACAGGCCAGCCGGUGCCCACCGUGUGCUGGUUCAAGGACGGCAGGAUGCUGGAGGAGGAUGACCACUACAUGAUCAGUGAGGACCAACAGGGUGGCCACCAGCUCAUCAUCACUGCAGUGGUGCCUGCAGACAUGGGUGUCUACCGCUGCAUGGCUGAGAACAGCAUGGGUGUGUCGUCCACCAAGGCAGAGCUCCGUGUGGACCUGACCAGCACGGACUAUGAAACUGCGGCCGAUGCCACGGAGACCUCCUCCUACUUCAGCGCCCAAGGCUACCUGUCCAGCCGGGAGCAAGAGGGCACGGAGUCUACCUCAGAGGAGGGGCAGCUGCCCCAGGUGGUGGAGGAGAUGAAGGACCUCCAGGUGGCCCCUGGUACACGCCUGGCCAAGUUCCAGCUCAAAGUGAAAGGCUACCCAGCGCCACGGCUGUACUGGUUCAAAGACGGGCAGCCCCUGACGGCUUCUGCACACAUCCGCAUGGCUGACAGGAAAACACUUCACACCCUGGAGGUUGUAUCUGUCACCAAGGAGGAUGCCGGCCAGUACUCAGCCUACAUUAGCAACGCCGUGGGCGCCGCCUACUCAUCAGCCCGGCUGCUGGUCCGAGGCCCCAAAGAUCCCGAAGAGAAGCCAGAAUCAGAUGUGUACCAGCAGCUGGUGCCGCCCCGAUUCCUGGAAAGAUUCACCUCCAAGAAAGUGAAGAAAGGCUCCAGCAUCACCUUUUCAGUGAAGGUGGAAGGGUGCCCGGCCCCAGCCGUGCACUGGCUGCGGGAGGAGGCUGAGCGAGGCGUGCUGUGGAUUGGCCAUGACACGCCAGGCUACACGGUGGCCAGCUCUGCACAGCAGCACAGUCUGGUCCUGCUGGAUGUGGGCAGACAGCACCAGGGCACAUACACCUGCAUCGCCAGCAACAGCGCUGGCCAGGCCCUCUGCUCCGCUAGCCUGCACAUCUCUGGCCUGCCCAAGGAGGCAGGGGCAGUAGAGGAGCAUGCUGGGGUGAAGGAGGCCCUCAUCUCCACCUUCCUGCAGGGGACCCAAGCCGUCUCCACGCAGAUGUCAGAACCUGCAGGUUUCACUGAUCUUGCUGGGCAGAGGAAAGGAGAUCCCAUGGCGGUGGAGGCCCGUAGCCACUUGUCCCUGGCCGAGGUGGGCACAGAGGAGUUCCUGCAGAAGCUCACCUCCCAGAUCACAGAGAUAGUGUCGGCCAAGAUCACGCAGGCCAAGCUGCAGGUGCCUGGAGGUGACAGCGAUGAGGAAUCUAAGACACCGUCUGCAUCCCCCUGGCAUGGCCGUUCCCGCCCCUCCUCCAGCAUCCAGGAGUCAUCCUCGGAGUCGGAAGAUGGGGACUCCCGUGGCGAGAUCUUCGACAUCUAUGUGGUCACGGCUGACUACCUGCCCCUGGGGGCCGAGCAGGAUGCCAUCUCACUGCGGGAGGGCCAGUAUGUGGAAGUGCUGGACUCCGCCCACCCGCUGCGCUGGCUUGUGCGCACCAAGCCCACCAAGUCCAGCCCCUCACGCCAGGGCUGGGUGUCCCCUGCCUACCUGGACAGGCGGCUCAAGCUGUCACCCGAGUGGGGGCCCACUGAGGCCCCCGAGUUCCCGGGGGAGGCCGUGUCUGAGGAUGAAUACAAGACAAGGCUAAGCUCCAUCAUCCAGGAGCUGCUGAGCUCUGAGCAGGCCUUUGUGGGCAAGCUGCAGUUCCUGCAAAGCCACCACAUGCAGCACCUGGACCGCUGCCCCCAUGUACCUGCGGCUGUGACCUCCCAGAAGGCUGUCAUCUUUCGAAACGUGCAGGACAUCAGCCAUUUCCACAACAGCUUCCAGAGGGAGCUGCAGCAGUGUGACACGGAUGACGAUGUGGCCAUGUGCUUCAUCAAGAACCAGGCGGCCUUUGAGAAGUACCUGGAGUUCCUGGUAGGCCGUGUACAAGCCGAGUCUGCGGUGGUCAGCACAGCAGUGCAGGAGUUCUACAAGAAAUACACGGAAGACGUGCUGUCAGCCUUAGACCCCUCGCAGCCACCACCGCCGCCCCUGCAGCACUUCCUGGAACAGCCUGUGGAGCGGGUCCAGCAGUACCAGGCCCUGCUCAAGGAGCUGAUCCGCAACAAGGCGAGGAACAGGCAGAACUGCGCGCUGUUGGAGCAGGCGUAUGCCGUGGUGUCGGCCCUGCCGCAGCGCGCUGAGAACCAACUGCACGUGUCACUCAUGGAGAACUACCCAGGCACCCUGCAGGCCCUGGGCGAGCCCAUCCGCCAGGGCCACUUCAUCGUGUGGGAGGGGGCGCCUGGCGCACGGAUGCCCUGGAAGGGCCACCAUCGGCAUGUCUUCCUGUUCCGCCACCACCUGGUGGUCUGCAAGCCCAGACGGGAUUCCCGCACCGACACCUUCAGCUAUGUCUUCCGGAACAUGAUGAAGCUGAGCAGCAUCGACCUGAAUGACCAGGUGGAGGGUGACGACCGCGCCUUCGAGGUUUGGCACGAGCGAGAGGACUCUGUGCGCAAGUAUCUGCUGCAGGCGCGGACGGUCAUCACCAAGAAUUCCUGGGUGAAGGAGAUCUGCGGCAUCCAGCAGCGCCUGGCCCUGCCCGUGUGGCAACCCCCAGAUUUCGAAGAGGAGCUGGCAGACUGCACAGCCGAGCUGGGUGAGACUGUCAAGCUGGCCUGCCGUGUGAUAGGCACACCCAAGCCCAUCGUCAGCUGGUACAAAGACGGGAAGCCAGUGGAAGUGGACCCUCACCACAUCCUCAUCGAGGACCCCGAUGGCUCAUGUGCCCUCAUUCUGGACAACCUGACUGGUGUGGACUCCGGCCAGUACAUGUGCUUCGCGGCCAGUGCUGCUGGCAAUGCCAGCACCCUAGGCAAGAUACUGGUGCAAGUACCCCCACGGUUUGUGAAAAAGGUCCGGGCAGUGCCCUUUGUGGAGGGAGAGGACGUUCAGGUCACCUGUACCAUCGAAGGUGCCCCACACCCCCAGAUCAGGUGGUACAAGGACGGGGCCCUGCUGACACCCAGCGGCAAAUACCGAACCCUGAACGAGCCCCGCAGUGGCCUGCUGGUGUUGGAGAUCUUGGCGGCCAACAAGGAGGACCUGGGCCACUAUGAGUGCGAGUUGGUGAACCGGCUGGGCUCUGCGAGGGGCGGGGCAGAGCUGUGCAUGCAGAGCCCAGCUGUGCGAGCCCGGGAACAACGUCGCAGAGAGCAGCUUGCAGUUGUGGAAGUUGCCCUGGAGCCAGCAGACAAGGAGAUCACGUCUGUUCCGAGGAUGCUGGUGUGCCCCGAGGCUCCAGGACCCUCCACAGGGGACCACGCUGGCCCCAUCCCUGGCCCUGGGGGGCCACCCAAACUCCAGGAGGCUGGCCCCAAACUCCUAGGCACGGAGGUUGCAGAUGCAUCUGGUGAGGCCCAGUGGCCUCAGGCUGACCACAAAGUGCCACCUGCUCUCAGGGUCCCCCCUGUGCUGGCUUCAACCUUGGCCACCCCAGCUGAGCCUCAGAAGGUGCCAGAGCCUCUUCCCCAGGAGGGCCAGGAGCAGGACUUGGGGGCCCAUGCUGAGGCCCAGGGACGCACUGUGCCCAUCCGGAUGGAGGGUACAGCCUGGCCGGGAGCAGGAGCAGUGGACCUAUGGGACAUCCACAGCCAGGUGUUCAUGGAGACCACGCAUCGGACAUACGUGUACCAGGCCAGCGACAUGGGUGCCACAAGGCCCCCAUCCAUGCAGGUCACCAUCGAAGACGUGCAGGCACAGAGGGGCAGCACCGCGCAGUUCCAAGCGGUCAUCGAGGGCAACCCGCAGCCCACAGUGACCUGGUACCGGGAUGAUGCCCAGGUGGUGGACGGCGCCCGGCUCAGCCAGCAUCGGGAAGGGACUACCUACUCCCUGGUGCUAAGAGACGUGACCCAGCAGGACGCAGGCGUCUACACCUGCCUGGCCCAAAACGCUGGUGGCCAGGUGCUGUGUAAAGCGGAGCUGGUGGUCCACGGGGGAGACAGCGAGCCUGACACUGAGAAGCAAAGCUAUCGAAGGAAGCUGCACUCCUUCUAUGAGGUCAAGGAGGAAAUUGGAAGGGGCGUGUUCGGCUUCGUGAAGAGGGUGCAGCACAAGGGAAACCAGAUGUUCUGCGCGGCCAAGUUCAUCCCGCUGCGGAGCAGGACGCGCACCCAGGCGUACCGCGAGAGGGACAUCCUGGCCACGCUCAGCCACCCGCUGGUCACAGGGCUGCUUGACCAGUUUGAGACCCGGAAGACCCUGAUCCUUGUCCUGGAGCUGUGCUCCUCAGAGGAGCUGCUGGACCGGCUGUUCAAGAAGAGUGUGGUGACCGAGGCUGAGGUCAAGGUGUACAUCCAGCAGCUGGCAGAAGGGCUGCAUUAUCUGCACGGCCAGAGCAUUCUCCAUUUGGACAUAAAGCCCCCAAAUAUCCUGAUGGUGCAUCCCGCUCGGGAGGACAUUAAAAUCUGCGACUUCGGCUUUGCCCAAAAAAUCACCCCAGUAGAGCCACAAUACAGCAAGUAUGGCUCCCCAGAGUUUGUAUCCCCUGAGAUCAUUGAGCAGACUCCUGUGAGCGAGGCCUCGGACAUCUGGGCCAUGGGGGUCAUCUCCUAUCUCAGCCUGACCUGCUCAUCACCAUUUGCCGGUGAGAGUGACCGAGCCACCCUCCUGAAUGUGCUGGAGGGGCGGGUGUCUUGGAGCAGCCCCAUGGCUGCCCACCUCAGCGAGGAUGCCCAGGAAUUUAUCAAGGCUGCCCUGCAGAGGGCCCCAGAGGCCCGACCCAGCGCAGCCAAGUGCCUGGCCCACCCUUGGUUCCAGAAGUCCGUGCCCGCGGAGGAGGCCCACUUCAUCAACACCAAGCAACUCAAGUUCCUGCUAGCCCGCAGCCGCUGGCAGCGCUCCCUGAUGAGCUACAAGUCCAUCCUGGUGAUGCGCUCCAUUCCCGAGCUGCUCCAGGGCCCGCCCGACAGCCCGUCCCUCGGGGUGGCCCGGCACCUGCACGAAGAAGGCGCCAGCGCCGCCUCCAGCAGCUCGUCCUCGUCCUCCGACAACGAGCUGGCACCCUUCGCCCGGGCCAAAUCGCUGCCGCCCUCUCCGGUGACCCACUCCCCGCUGCUGCACCCGCGGGGCUUCUUGCGGCCGUCCGCUAGCCUGCCGGAGGAGGCCGAGGCUUGCGCGUCUGCCGCCGCCGCGCCUCGGCCGGCGUCGCCCCCAGGUGCAGAGGUGCCUGCUGCCCCGGGCUGCGUUCCCCGGCAGAGCGUCAUCCGCAGCCUCUUCUACCAGCAGGCAGGCGAGGCCCCGGAGCGCGGAGGCCCCGCCAUGGGCGGCAGGCGGCACCCCGCCCGGCGGAGGCACCUGCUCAAGGGCGGCUACUUCGCAAAGGCCCUGCCCGGCCUGCGGGAGCCGCUGCUGGAGCAUCGCGCGCUGGAGGAGGAGGCCGCCCGGGAGGAGCAGGCCGCUCUGAUGGCCAAAGUGCCCUCCUUCGAGACCGCCCUGCGGCUGCCUGGCUCCAGUGCCCGAGUGGCACCCGGCCGCAGCCGAUCCCUGGAGCUCGACCAGCCACACUCCACCAGCUCCUCCACUGAGGCCUGUGGCGGGGGGCAGUGCCCUGCCCCAGGCCUCUCAGGCCUCCAGAUAGCCUCAGGGGAGAGCCUGCCAGGAGGGGUCACAUGUGCCCAGGAGAUGCAGUGUCCAGAGGGAUCCCAGCAGGGGCCAAGACUAUUGCCAUCCAUUGGGGGCCUCCCAGGGGCUGCUCAGCAAGAGGGGUCAUCCCAGGACAGCUGUGGGUGGCAGCCCGCCCCUUCCUUCCAGCCCCAGUGGGGUCCCGCUCCCCUGCAAGGCUGUGGCCCCCCUAAGGCUGUUACACCACAACUUUCUGGCUCCUUCCCUUCAGAGCAGUGCACGGGGCCCCUCUGGGCAUCCUCCAGCCCCUUCCUCUCGGGGGAGACCCAGGCUCCCCUCUCCCCAGCCCAAGAAAGCUGCCAGCCAGGCUCUAUGGAGAGUCCAAAGGACACUUGUCUCCCUGGGAGGCUGAGUCCCCCUAGCUCCUCAGGGCUGGCUUCCCAGGUGGGCACUGGGCCUGGUCCCUCCCAGGAUGCCACCCUGGAGCUGGAGGAUGCAUCAGAACCGGAGCCCAGCCCACAGCGGCCUCAGGAACAGGCCACCAUGCGGAAGUUUUCCCUGGGGCAACGUGGGGGCUACGCAGGAGUGGCAGGUUAUGGCACCUUUGCCUUUGGUGGGGAUGCAGGGGGCAUGCUGGGGCAGGGUCCCCUGUGGGCCAGGAUGGCCUGGGCCACCUCUCAGUCCUCAGAGGAGCAUGAUGACACUGGGGCUCAGAGCCCACCCCCCCAGGCCAGCGCAGCGCCCCUUCCCGAGGGCAGCAGGGCACCCCCAAGGGCCUCCCCAGAGCUGAGCUCGUGGAAAGACUUCGGCAGGGGCUCCCAGGUGUCCCUGGUGCAGAUCCGAGACCUGUCUGGGGACUCAGAAGCAGCGGACACUGUGUCCCUGGACAUCUCAGAGGUGGAGCCUGCCUACCUCAACCUGUCCGACCUGUAUGACAUCAAGUACCUCCCUUUCGAGUUCAUGAUCUUCAGGAAGGUCCCCAAGCCUGUGGAACCAGAGUCACCUUCCUCCCCGGAAUCCGAGGCAGAGGAGGAGCUGGCUGAGUUCCCAGAGGCCGCGUGGCCCUGGCCAGGCGCACUGGGUCCACCAGCCAGCCUGCAGAUCACAGAGGAGCCAGAGGACAUGGAGACCCUGCUCGGGGAGGCCACUGGCAGUAGGAAGCGGAAAUGGUCACCCCCCUCCGGUGGCCUCUUCCACCUCCCCAGGAGACACAUGCUGGAGGAGCCCCUGGAGCUGGGACUGCGCAGGAGGGUGAGGGCCUCGGUGGCUCACAUCUCCCGCCUCCUGAAGGGCAGGCCGGAAGGUCUGGAGAAAGAGAGCCCCCCCAGGAAGAAGGCAGGCCUGGCUUCCUUUCGGCUGGGCCUGAAAAGUAAGGACCGAGCGCCAUCCUUUCUAAGGGAGCUCUCAGAUGAAACGGUGGUCUUGGGCCAGUCAGUGACUCUUGCCUGCCAAGUGUCAGCCCAGCCAGCUGCACAGGCCACCUGGAGCAAAGAUGGGACUCCCCUGGAGAGUAGCAGCCGCCUCCUUAUCUCCUCCACACUCAAGAACUUCCAGCUCCUGACCAUCCUGGUGGUGAAUGCUGAUGACCUGGGAGUGUACACGUGCAGUGUUCGCAACACGCUGGGGACUGCAGCCACCACGGCUGUCCUCCGGAAGGCAGAGCGCCCCUCGUCUUCCCCCCGCCCGGACAUCGGGGAGGUAUAUGCCGACGGGGUGCUGCUGGUCUGGAAACCCGUGGAGUCAUACGGCCCCGUAACCUACAUUGUGCAGUGCAGCUUGGAAGGUGGCAGCUGGAACACCCUGGCUUCUGACAUCUUCGACUGCUGCUACGGCGCCAGCAAGCUUUCGAGGGGCGGCACAUACAUCUUCCGCACGGCCUGCGUCAGCAAGGCGGGCAUGGGUCCUUACAGCAGCCCCUCAGAGCCGGUCCUCCUGGGAGGGCCCAGCCACCUGGCCUCUGAGGAGGAGAGCAGCGCCUCGAGGCCAGCCCAGCCCCUCCCCAGCACGCAGACGUUCGCCUUCCAGACGCAGAUCCGAAGGGGCCGCUUCAGCGUGGUGCGGCAGUGCCGGGAGAAGGCCAGCGGACGCGCGCUGGCCGCGAAGAUCGUUCCCUAUCGCCCCGAGGACAGGACUGCCGUACUGCGCGAAUACGAGGCUCUCAAGAGCCUGCGCCACCCGCACCUGGCCCAGCUGCAGGCCGCCUACCUCAGCCCCCGGCACCUGGUCCUCAUCUUGGAGCUUUGCUCGGGACCCGAGCUGCUCCCCUGCCUGGCGGAGAGGGUCUCCUACUCAGAGUCGGAGGUGAAGGAUUACCUAUGGCAGAUGCUUAGCGCCGCCCAGUACCUGCACGCCCAGCGCAUUCUGCAUCUGGACCUCAGGUCCGAGAACAUGAUCGUCACCGAAUACAACUUACUCAAGGUCGUCGACCUGGGCAACGCCCAGAGCCUCGCCCAGGAGAAAGUCCUGCCCUCCGAGAGGUUCAAGGACUACGUGGAGACCAUGGCUCCCGAGCUCCUGGAGGGCCAGGGUGCCGUCCCACAGACCGACAUCUGGGCUAUAGGCGUGACAGCCUUCAUCAUGCUGAGCGCGGAGUACCCGGUGAACGGUGAAGGGACACGCGACCUGCAGAAAGCCUUGCGCAAGGGGCUCAUCCGUCUGGGUUGCUGCUACGCGGGGCUGUCCGGCGGCGCGGUGGCUUUUCUCCGGAGCACGUUGUGUGCGCACCCCUGGGGCCGGCCGUGCGCGACCAGCUGCCUACAGUGUCCAUGGCUAACCGAGGAGGGCCCUGCGGGCUCCCAGCCCGCGGCUGUCUCCUUCUCCACCGCGCGACUUAGAGCCUUCGUGCGCGAGCGAGAGAAGAAGAGGGCGCUGCUGUACAAGAAGCACAACUUGGCCCAGGUGCACUAAGCACCCGGCCUGGCAGAGAGGGGGUGUGUGUGAUGGGGGGUGGGAGGUCGCCCUUCUGGGCUGCGCCCCUCAGUCUCCGCUCUAGGACUCGCUGUAUAUGAACAGACAGGCCAAUAAAAAAGCAGAACCGGA